AUGUUUGAAACAUUAGUUUCAAAUUUACUUCAAAGAUAUUUAGGAGAAUACAUUCAAUCUUUAAAUACCGAAAAUUUAAACAUUAGUAUAUUAAAAGGAAAUGUUUCUUUAGAAAAUUUACAAUUAAAAAAAAGAGCGCUAGAGAAAUUUAAUUUACCAUUUACUAUUAAAGAGGGUUUCUUAGGGAAAUUAUCAUUAAAGAUUCCGUGGAAUAAUCUUAAAACCGAACCUGUUAUAGUUAUUAUUGAUAAUUUAUAUAUUACAGCGUCACCGAAAUCUGCAACUUCUUGGGAUAAAGAAGAUGAAGAGUUAUUAUUUCAAAAAAAAAUAAAAAAGUUAAAAAUUUAUGAAGCAUUAAAAGAAGAGAAAAGAAAAAAGAUAUUGGAGCAAAAGGAAAAGAGGGAAAAAAGAAAAAAAUUGUUGAAAGAAAAAAGACAACAAAAACAACAACAGAAAUUUGAAAAAAAAAAGCAACAACAAAGGCAAUUAAUCAAAAAUAGAAAUUUAAAAAAUAAUGAUGAUAAUAAUAAUAAUAAUAAUAAUAAUAAUAAUAAUAAUAAUAAUGAUAUUAAUAUUUUUAAAGAUGACAAUCAAAAUAAUGAAGAUAAUAGUAUAAACGAAAAUAAUACAGUAAACGAUAAAGAUAAUAAUGAAAAUAAUGAUAGUCAUUCAUCACCAACAACUUUGGAAGAUGGUUCAACUUAUUCAAUUAAUAGGGAAGAAAGUGAAGGUGGUUCAAAUACUGAUGAAACAAAUUUAGAUGAAGAAGAAGAUGAUGAAGAUUAUGAUGAUGAUGAUGACGAAGAUUAUGAAGAAUAUGACGAAGAAGAAGAAGAAGAAGAAGAGGAAUAUGAUGAACAAUUAAUUCAAGAUGAAAUUUAUAAAGGUGUUUUAAAAGAUUCAUUUGAUGAAAAUGAAAAUCAAUCAAGUUCAUCAUUUGCCGAUAAAUUAAGAAAUAAAAUUGUAGAUAAUUUACAAAUAAUGAUUUAUAAUGUCCAUGUCCGUUUUGAAGAUUCAAUUACAAAUCCAUUAUCUCCUUAUUGUUUUGGUAUUACUUUGGAACACCUUUUAGCCCAGUCCUCAAAUGAAGAAUGGAAACCAACUUUUAUUCAUAUUUCACAGUCAUUGGUUCACAAACUAAUCAAUUUACAAAACCUUUCAGUUUAUUGGGAUCCCCAUUCAAGCGAUCCAAAUUUAAAUUAUAAAAAUAUAAGUGAUUUUAAAACUAUAAUGACUCAGUUAAUACCCAAAAAAUCAAUUGAUCAAUCAAAAAAUCCAAACCAUAAUUAUUUAUUACACCCAGUUUGUGGUUCUUUAAAGUUAUUAAUUAAUAAAUCAUUAAUACCAAAUAAAUUUAUUCCACUGUAUACAGCAAAUUUUGAAUUUGAUGAAAUUAAUUUAGAAAUUGAAUCAAGGCAAUAUUCUGGCAUUUUGGCAUUGGUAGAAUGGUUUUCAAUGUUGAAGAGGGGUGAAAAAUAUAGAAAGUUUAAGCCCAAGGAAUGUGGUGGUAUUUUAAAAACUGCAAAAGAUCGUUGGUCAUUCGCGUUAGAAUGUAUAAGAAAUGAAGUUAGAGAAAAGUUACUUAAGUGGUCACCAAAGUAUUUUGAAAAGAGAAGAAAGGAUAGACUAGAUUAUAUUCAUCUGUAUAAAUUAAAAAAGAGAAAAAAGAAUAUUACUGAUUCAAAUAAUAUUAGAAUUGAUCAAUUAGAAAGAGAUUAUAGCUUUGAAGAUUUGGUUUAUUUUAGAUCUCUUGCUGAUGCCCAAAUUAAAGCUGAGGAUUCAGUAAGAUCAAAUCCAAAUACUCCAUUAUUAUUAUCACCAAAAUCAACAAGUGUAUAUAAUAACCAAUUAGAAAAUAAAAAUGAUGAUAAUAAUAGUAAUAAUAAUAUUAAUAAUAAUAAUAAUAAUAAUAAUGAUAAUAAUAAUAAUAGUGAAACAACAAAAAAAAUAGAAAUUAUUGAUAGUUCAAGUAAUAGUAAUAAUAAAAUAAACCCUAGUUCCAAAAAUGUAAAUAUAGGUAAUAAUAGUAAUGGAAAUAAUAGUAAUGGUGGUUGGUUUAGAUGGUUAUGGGGUGGUAGUAAGAAAAAUGAAGAGGGCACAACUGAUCAAGAGUCUAUUUUAAGUACUUUGGACUUAACUGAACAACAAAAGAGGGAACUUUAUUCAACUAUCGAAUAUGAUGAGCAUCAAGUUUCAAAAAAUAUAGUAUAUCCAAAAGAUUAUGUCAAAACAAGAAUCAACUUUACAAUGAACCGAGGUUCAGUUGCAUUUAGACUUAAACCACCAACUUCACCAAUAACUCAUUUUCCUGAUAGUAGUAAAUCAAAACCAAAAUCCGCAGAUUUGGUUAUAGAAUUGGUUAAUAUGUCAAUUAGUUUAGAUAAAUUUGUAGAAUCAUUAUAUGUUCAAACUAUAUUGGAAACUAUAUUUGUUAGAGAUUAUUUUACAGAUAAUACACAAUUCCCAAUUUUAAUGAAACCAAUUUUAAAUAGUUAUUCAAAUAAUAUUAAUAAUAAUAAUAAUAAAAAUUAUUUAUCAAUUAAUUCAUCCCCAAUAUUAAAAAAUAAUAAAAUUAAAAAUAACAGUGGAAAUAAUAAUAGUGAUAACAGUUGUUACAAAGAUAAUAAUGAAAAUAACGAAAGUGGGGAAUUAUCAUCAGACGAAGAGGCCACAAAGCAACCAUUGUUUUCAAUGACAUUACAACAGAAUCCAUUAACUUCCGAAUCAGAUUUUUCGGUAUUUAUCGAAGCAUUACCAUUAGAAAUUAUAUAUAAUAAAUCAAUGAUGGAUUCAAUUUUAGAGUUUUUUGGUAAUGCUCCUUCAGAUACUUUAAAGGAUAUUGAAGAAGCAGCUCGAAAUCAAAUUAAAAUUUUUAAAGAUAAAACAACUCUUAGAAUUCAGUAUGAACUACAAAAUCAUAAAUCUGUAGAUUUAGAUAUCAAUAUUAAUGCUCCUCAUGUUUUAAUACCCGAAAAUUUUACAAAUCCAUCAUCACCAAUUUUAGUAUUGGAUUUAGGUUCAUUCUCUCUUCAAAGAGUAAUUACUCAUAAAACUUCAGAUACAAUGCCAGAAGAAAUUGAAGCCUCUUCAAUCUUAAGAAACGAUUUAUCAUUAUAUAAUAGUAAUAUAAAUAAUGAAAAUAAUAUAGAUUAUAAUGAUAAUAAUAAUAAUAAUAAUAAUAAUAAUAAUAAUAAUAAUAAUAAUUAUCAAGAAUCUUCAGCAUCAUCACCAUCUUUCAGUCAAUCACAACCAAUUAAAAAUAGUCAUGGUAGUAGUGAUGGUAAUGUUUAUGAUGAUGAAAAUGUUACAAAAUAUUUAUAUGAUUUAUUUGAACUUAAAUUGGGAAAUAUUCAAUUUUAUUUAGUUUCAGGGGGGGAAUUAAUUCAAUUGGUCGAAAAAUUUGAUAUUAAUUUUAAAAUAUUCAAGUGUAUAAUAAAAUCUCAAACUUUAUUAUCAAAAUUAAAAUUAUUUGGUGAUUUACCAUCUUUAAAUAUUUUAUUAUCACAAAAAUCAAUAGAAAUAAUGAUUAGAAUUAUUGGAACUUUACAAAAUGAUCCACCUGAAAUUUCAAAUCAUUUAAUUUCAUCAGAAAAUUUAAUGGAUAAUCAACAAAUUAAUGAUCAAAAUAAUAUUAAUAAAAAUGAAGAAAAUGAAGAUUUAAUUAUUGAUAUUGAUAACCGAUCAAAUUCAACAUCCUCAGUUUCAAAUACUGCAACCCUAUUAGAGGGCACUGAUGAAAAUUCAAAUAUUAUAAAUAGUUCAACAUUAAUAGAUUCAAUGGAAUUGGAGAAUCCUCAAGAUCAGUUACCAAUUUUAAUGAUUUUUCACACAAUUUUUGAAGUUACAUUUUCAAUUCCAACAGUCUCUUUAGAAGUCAGAGAGGACCUACAUAAUAAGCCAUUUGUCAAAUUAAUUUUAUCAGAUAUUAGUGCUCAAGUUUUAAAACGUACUUUUGAUACAACAGUCCAUUUGUCUUUAAAGAAAUUAUAUAUAGAAGAUCUCUAUCAAGAUUUUAAAAAUGAAAACUUUAGAUACCUAGCCAAAUCUCUAAACGAAUAUAUACCACAUCAAGACCAAGAUCUCAGUUGUAGUGAAAUUGCCGAGGAGGAACAUCUUAUUAAUAUUAGUAUUUUGUCAGUUCAAAGAAAUUCACCACAAUACAUUGGCGUAUCCCAAAAAAUUGAUGUAUUUUUUAAUACACUCUUUGUAAAUCUUAACAAAAAAUUGGUAAUCAAAAUCAUUAAUAUGAUAGAGUUGGUUGAAAAAACUAUCAUCGAUACUGUAAUCCAAAGAAGAGAAAAGAGAAAUCUGAAAAAACAACAACAUGAUCAUGAAAAUGAUAUUAUAAUCGAACACCAACAAGAACAAGAACAGGAACAACAACAACAUAAUGAAGAGCAAGAAUUUAAAAAAGAAAAUAUAGAACAAAAAGAACAAAAUAAUCAACAAUCAAAACAAAAAUUUAAAACCAAUUCAAAGAGGAAAAAGAAGGAAGAAGAUAACCCAAUGGUCAAUAUUACUAUAAAAAUGAAAUCAUUAAUUGUAAAUUUAAAUGAGGAUGACCAGUCUUAUUUUAUGUUCCAAGUUAGUGACCUAUCCAUCUAUUUUGACAUUGAUCUAGAAUCAUCAAUGAUGCGAUUUAAAUUGGGAAAUUUAGAAAUAUCAGAUAUUUCAAAGGAUGCAUCAAAAGAUUUAAACCCAUUGUUUGGUACCGAUGGUGAACAUAUUAUAGAGUUUUAUGUUUUAACAUAUAAGAAUAUAAAACUACCCCAAUUCAAAGAAAAUAAUGAAGAAAAAGAAAAUGAUAAUGAAGAAAAAGAAAGUGAUAAUGAAGAAAAAGGAAAGGAAGAGGAAGAAAAUGAUUUUCAGUACGAUAAAAAUGGUGAAGUUAUUAACUUUAAUUCAAAAAUAAGUGUUAGAAUGACUUCAGUUAAAUUAAUUGUUAUAGUUUCACUUAUAGAAAAAAUAAUAGAUUAUUUUGAUGAAAUUAUAACAAGUCAAAUUGAUCAUAUAAUAACUGAAAGUGCAAAAGGUGCUGUGGAAAUUAUGUCAAAUAGACGUAUAGCCCAACAAAAGAGAAUUCUUUUUGAAAUCGAUGUUGAUACUCCACGAAUUAUUUUCCCAAAGAAUCAUAUAUCUCCCUAUGUAAUUAUAGCAGAUUUAGGUCAUAUUUCAAUUUUCAAUCAGUAUAAUAUCAAUGCCUUAUCACCAUCAGAACAAAUUUUCAUUUAUGCAUCUUCGAUAAACUUUCAUUCCUGCAAAUUUUUGAAUGGCAAAGUUUUGGAUAGUACAAUUGAGGCCAUCUCAAAUAAAAUCAAUAUCCACGUAAAUAUUGAAUCAUUCAUUAAAGUUUCAGAACAAAGCGAAUCUAAACAAAAAGUUGAUGGGGAAAUAUCACCAAUUCAUUUAAAAAUUUCAGAUCAACAAUAUACAUUAAUUAUUGCAAUCAUUAAAUCUUUAAUAGAGCCAAAUAUUAAACAAAAGAAAAGAAAGAAGAGAAACCACAGACGUAUGGAAAGUCAAAUUAAAUUAGAUAAUCUUUAUCAAAGUUUUAUCAAUGUUGCACAAUCGAAUCAAACUCAUGGUAUUGAUAUGAAUCAUAGUAAUUUAAUUUCAUCUUUACCAAUUCCAACACCAUUACCAGUAAAUACACCACUCUCUGCACCCCUAUCUAAUAAUGGCUCAACAACUGAUAUCAAGGACCAAAUUUCAUUUCAUUUACCUCAUGUUUCAUUAGAGUUCUUUAGAAAGAAUAAAGAGUCUGUAGUAUCAUUAGAAGUUAUAGAAUUUGCAUGUUCAAUUAUCGAAUAUGAAAAUGGUAAUGAAUAUUCAAACUUUUCAGUUGGAUCCAUUGACUUGACUGAUACUAGAAAAUCAAUUGUUAAUCACUUCCGUAAACUCAUUCACCAUCAAAACUCACCAAAUAAAAAUGAUAAUUCUGGCACCAAAAAAGAACUUCAGGUUUAUGUUUGUGACAAAAGAAAUGGUGAUACAGAGGUCAAAGUUUUAUUAGAUAGUUUCAGAGGUAUAAUAGUUCCAGAAUCAUUGGUUUCAAUGAUUGAUUUCAUCAUGCCUGGUAUCAAAGCUUUAUCAUCUCUAUCAGAAAUUUCACCAAUAUCUUCACCAGUUUUAGACUCUGAUGCUAUUAACAAUAAUCCACUGUUCAACCAAGAUCCAACAAAGUCAAUUCCUGUUAAAAAUAUUCUUGAACAAAAGAAUAAGAGGUCAAUGGGACAAACUACAUUGGUUCAUAUUGAAACUACAAAUGUCGAACUAUCGCUUGUUGAUAAUCCAGCAUCUCAUGAAAGUAGAUUAUUAACACUCAAAGGUUCUGUUUUAGGAAAAAUAAAUAUUCAAGUAUGUGAACCAUUAACAUAUAAAGAUUUCCAAAUAUCUGUUGAAAAUUUAGAACUAUAUAAAUGUAGAGCAAAUAAUUUUGAACAAACUGCAGAAUCAAUUAUUGAUCCAUUUACAAUCACAGCUUCAAUUUCAUUAGUAGAGGGAAAAGAAUAUUUACCAAUUGAUAUUUUAAUUGGUGUUAAUCCAAUUCACUUAUCAAUAUCUUAUCAAGACUUUUUAUUAUUUUUAUCAAUUUCAAAUCAUUUAAAUAUUUUAAUUAAUAAUUUAAAUAGAUUAUUGAAUAAUCAACAAAUUAAUAAUAAAAAUAAUCAACAACAAAAUAAUAACAAUAAUAAUAAUAAUAACAAAGAAAAAAAAGAAAUUUUAAGAAUUAAUUUUCAAUCUCCUUCAAUUGAAUUAACAAUUAUUAAUGAUGAUGAUAACAAAUAUUUUGGAGUAUUAAAUUUUAAAUUCAAUAAUAUUUCAGUUGAAGUGUCACAAAAUCGUAUUAUGGUUGGUUUAUUUUUGUCAUCAAACUAUUUUAAUAUUUCAAAAUCAGUUUGGGAACCAGUUAUUGAAGAAUGGGGUUGUAAACUUGCUAUAGAAACAUCAAACACACCAGUUAGUGAAAUUGGUAAUAUAGUUUUAACAACAAAUCAAAAUUUAAAUUUAAAUAUUACAAAAUCAUUAUUUGAUACAAUUAUUUCAUCAUAUCCAGUUUUUAUAUCAGCUUUAACAAAUUCUAAUCAGGAAAAUUUAGAUUCUACAGUUAUUUUGGGAUAUAAUAAUAAUUUAUCACAACACUAUAAAUCUCAAAAUUAUCAUCCUUUCCUUUUAAAAAACCAUACUGGUUUAGAAAUUCAAUAUUCAGUAAUUAAAUUAUCAAAUGAACUUUAUAAAAAUAAAAAUAAUAAUAAUAAUAAUAAUAAUAAUAAUAAUGAAAAAAAUAAUUUUAAAGUUUUAAAUAAUUUAAUUUUAGAAAAUGGCAAUGAAGUUUAUUUAGACCUUAGAGAUAUUAGUUUAUCAAGUAAAAAUGAAAAAGAUAGAUUUAAAACAAUUAAUAAUACUCAAAAACACCGUGAUACAACUUCAAUUUCAUUAUUUAGAGUUAAUAUUACAGUCAAAGGUUUUGAAACAAUUACAAAUUUACCAAUUCAUAAAACUGGUAUUUAUAUUUGUAAUCUUAUACCAAAGCAAAAUCAUAAUAAUCAUAGCAAUACCAACAUUUCAUCAACCACUUCAAAUUAUGAAUUAAUUACACCAGAAAAGCAAUACCAACAAUUAGUAUUUGAAAUAAAAGUAUCCAAAUCAAGUAAAAUUCUCAUCGUUAGAUCAAAUGUUUUAAUCGUAAAUGACACUGAUCACGCUAUUGAAUUUUUAGAUAGACCAUCUCAUACAUUCAAAAGUUCACCCUAUAUUUUGGAACCAAAUCAAUCAAAACCAAUGUCUCUAUGCAAGGAUCAAUCAUCACCAUCAAUGAUUUUAAGUUUUAGACCAUUACUAGAUAGUCAUCAAAAUCAUCAACAGAGAUGGACCUCACCUCUAGAUUGCUCAGAUAGCUUUUUACAUCCAGGUACCUUAUUAUUUGAUUGUCCCCCAAAUAAAUUUUACUUUUUAAAAAUUGAUCAACAUCUUUCAAAUUAUCAAUUUGAAGAACCAACAAACUCCUCUCAACAACAACAACAACAACAACAACAACAACAACAACAACAACAACAACAACAACAACAACAACAAAAUCAACAUCAACAAUAUCAUCAUAUUAAUAAAAGACAAUAUUAUGAAUAUAAAGUUGAAAAUUCAUUUGAGGAAAGAAGAUCAAAUCAUAUUAUUAAAAUUGUUGCACCAUUGGUUAUAAUAAAUUAUUUUAUUGUACCAAUUGAUGUUUCAUUUUAUGAUCAAGAAUCAAACAAUAUUGUUGGUAAAGAAAAAAUUGAAAGUGGUAAAAGAAAAGAUAUUUAUUGUGCCAAUAUUGAAAAGGUUAUAAUGAUAAAGGUUCAUAUGGAAGGAUAUGGAUGGAGUGAAUAUAUUCAAAUUAAUCAAUCUUCACCAAAUAAUAUCAAUAGACAACCAAGAAAAAUCCUUUCAACUUCAAAUGGUAAACCAUUCUAUUUAAAUGUACAUCAAAAUGAAUUUUUUGGAUCUAUUCAAGUUUCUCUUUACUCUUCAUUUUCAAUUAUAAACAAUACUGGUUUAUCAAUACAAUAUAAAUUAAAUAAUAUUAAUGUUGUUGGUAAUAAUAAACUAUCAACGACUACAACAUCAACAACAACUACAAAAACAUCAUUUUCAAAGACACCAAUUAUUUCAGAUAAUAAUGAAAAAAAUGAAAAAAAUUUAGAAACUAUAAGUAUUUAUACAGAUCCAAGAAAUUGGUAUAGUAAUAAUAAUGUUGUUUGUUCAAUGUUUUCACCAAUAUCGGCACAUUCAAUUACUACUCAACAAUUAUUGCUUCAAGUGGAUAAUUCAAACUGGUCAUCCCCAAUUUCUAUACAACUUAACAAAUUUGAACCAAUAACUAUUGUCAAAGAGCAUAGACAUUCUGAAAAACUUUUUUUACAAUUUUUAUUAUACACUCAAAUCGAAUCUGGAUCUUUGACAAAAACUAUAACAAUUUCACCUCAGUUUAUUUUAAUUAACAAUAUUUCAAACAAUCUCUAUUAUUCUCAAAAAGACUCUAGUCUUUAUAAAAAAUUUUUUAUUAAACCAAAAGAAACUCUACCAUUCCAUUUCUUAGAGGAACAACUACCAAAGAAAAUAACUUUUAGGUUAUCAGAAAAAAUUGAAUGGUCUGGAUCAUUCAACAUAAAUAAAACAAUUUCAUUCAAUAUUCAAUUAGAGAAACCCCAAGACGAUAAUGACCAAUCAAGUAGCUCAAGUGAUAGCGAUAGUGAUUUAUCAAGUAGUAGCAGUAACAGUAACAGUAGUGAUAAUGAAGAUGAUGAUGAUGAUGAUGAUAUCACAGCAGAUAAUGACGAAGAUUUCUAUCUACCAAUGAUACAAAUUUUACAAGAGAAAGGAAUUUAUUAUGUUAUAAUCAAUCCAGAAACUAAAGAUUACCCACCAUAUAUUAUUCAAAAUCUAAUCUCGUUACCAAUUUCCAUUCAUCAAGUUGAUACAAAUGAUCAACCAAUUUUUGUUUAUUCAAAUCACUCAAAAAGAUAUACAUGGUCCAAUCCAAUGGGUACAAAGAGAUUAUCUAUUACUAUUCCAAAUACAAAUUAUAAAAAGAUUGUUUCAUUAGAUAAAUUACAAUAUCAUCAACCUUUUCCUGUUAAAUAUCAAUCUAGUAGUUCAAAAAUUAAAGAUUUAAAUAUUAAAUUAGAAAUUUUAGCCAAUGGACCAACAAAUAUAUUACGUAUGAUUGAUUUAAAUGAUAUAAAAUCUAUAAAUAGAAAAGAAAAAUUAACAAAUAAUAAUCAAACUCAACAACAAGAACAACAAGAACAACAAGAACAACAACAAGAAGAAAAAGAACAAAAAAUAAUUUAUAAUAAUCAAACACAAAAACAACAACAGCAACAACAAGAACAAAAAAAUUUAUCAAAUAAAAUCAAAUUAAAUAAUUUUGAAUUUUAUAUUGGUGGAAUUAGUGUUUCUGUAAUCGAUUCAAUACCAAAAGAAUUAUUAUUUAUAACAUUAAAAGGUUUACAAGUUAGAUUUAAAGAAAUUAAUACUGAACAAAAUAUAAAUAUUUCAAUUCAUUCCUUUAAGGUAGAUAAUCAAUUAUAUCACACUCCCUAUCCAGUCAUGAUUUCAUCUUUUAAUUCAAAUACCACCUCACCAACCAGUCAUAGUUUAAUAGUUAAUUUUAUUAGAUCAAGUCAGUAUCAACCAAAAGAACUCCAUCAAAUUGGUAUUGAAUAUAUUAAAGAAUUAAGAUUUGAUAUCCAACCUUUCGAAGUGCAAAUUGACGAAGCAUUACUUUUCCAUUUAGUUUCAUUCAUUAAUAAUGUUAAAUGUUCCUUUAAUAAUUCUUCAAUUCCAUUAACAAAACAAGAAAAAAAAGAUGAUCAAAAUUUAAUUAUUGAUAAAAUUAAAUUGCCAUAUUCCAAUAUUCCUCUACCAAUCACUAUAAACUCAAAGAGAUUAUAUAUAGAGUUCCUUUAUCUUCCUCAAGUAGAUAUUAAACUUAGUUAUCGCUCAUCACCACACAACAGACCAAUGAUUGGUCCAUGGGCUUCUUCUGCUUUUUCUGCUCUAGCAAAUAUUGACAAUGCCUCAUUACAUUUAGAAAGCUGGAAACUCGAACAUCAGUUUGUUACUGCCAAUGGAUUGGGCCUAUCAUUGUUUUAUCAUUAUAAAUGGAAGGUUUCAAAAAUACUCUUAUAUUCUGGGUUUUUAGGUGCACCAUUAUCCUUGGCUGAAAAUAUUACAAGGGGUAUUAAUGACCUAAUUAACGAAUCAUCUGCUGGCUUUACUAAUCCUGAAGACUUUACAAAAGGUGUUUACAAAGGUACAAAAUCAUUAGUCAGUAACUCUUUAUUUGGUAUCUUUAACUCUGCUAGCAAAUUUACAAAUACAAUUGGUACAGCUAUUGCUCCAUUCUCUAUGGAUGAAAACUAUCUACAACAAAGAGAUAAUUCCUAUAGACAUAGUCAACAACCAAAACAUGUUUUAGAUGGAGUAUCAAAUGGCAUCGAAAAAUUUUCUGAAGGUAUUGCGCACGGUUUAUCAGGUUUAGUAAACCAACCAGUCAAAGAAUUUCAAGAUCAAGGCUUUACUGGUUUAGUUAAAGGUUUAGGAAAAGGUUUACUAGGUACAUUUGUUAAACCAACUGUUGGGGCUAUAGAUAUGAUAAACUCAGCAUCACAAGGAUUAAGAAAUGUUUAUUCUGACCCAUCAGCGUGUAAAUCUCGUUCAAGACCACCAAGAUUUAUUGGUUCUGAUGGUGUCAUUAAAUCAUUUUCGUUUGAAAAAUCAUUUUGGCAAGAACUAAUUAAAGUAUCAAUUAAACCUUCGUUGUUAUCUUCAAAAGAAUUCUAUAUAACUCAUUUUAAGGUAUAUGAUGAUAAAAAAGUUCCAUCCUAUUUAGUUAUAUCUACAAUUAAUUUCUAUUUAUUUAAUUCAAAAUUUAAUUUAUCAUUAAUGAUUAAAUUAUGGGAUUCAAACGGUAAAUCAAUUUCAUAUAGCCUAUUGAAUUCAAUUCAAAAUACAAUUAGUUCAAUUAAAAUGGAUCAAACUUAUUUUAUUUCAUAA